AUGAAUGUGGUUGGAAAAAAACCAAUGAUUUCUCUUUUUACAGAAAAACCUGCCAUUGCUCCACCUGUCUUUGUAUUUCAGAAGGAUAAAGCACAGAAGUCCCUUGCAGAGCAAAAAGGUUUGUCGGAUUCAGGCGAGGACCCCCAGGGAGAGGUUGAGCCCCCCCACCAUGCUCUGGGUCACAGAGAAUCAGCUGGUGAGCGCGACUCUGAGCACCCUGCUCCCGCUGUUGCCUCAGUCAGUGCUACCCUGAGUCCCGCUUCUGAAGCCCAGCUUGCUCCUAUUCAACUGGCAGGGAGAUCAGCAGAUGGAUCAAGUCCAGAAGAUGGAGAUGAAUCUGAUCGAGAGGAUGGAAACUACUGUCCACCUGUAAAGCGUGAGAGAACUUCAUCUUUAACUCAGUUCCCUCCUCAGUCAGUAACAAAGAACAACGUCUUUAUGCCAUCAAGCUUCUGUGAACCCUCCACAGGCAAUUCUGACUCAGAACCAGAGGAAAAGAGCAGUGGAUUCCGGCUGAAGCCACCAAUACUUAUCCAUGGUCAGGCACCUAGUGCAGGUCUCCCUAGCCAGAAACCGAAGGAACAGCAGCGAAGUGUGCUACGUCCAGCAGUAUUACAGGCGCCACAGCCAAAAGCUUUCUCACAGAUGGUUCUCAGCAGUGGCACCAAUGGUGUAAAUAUCCCACCAGAUUCUGCAGCCACAUCGGAAUCGCUAAGUAAUGCAACACUGAAAAGUUCUGACUCUGAAGACAAGGCAGGAGAAUGUCAGAAAAAAGAGUCCAACAGUACUUCGGAUGAGGACAGCUGUGAGAAGGCAGAACUAAAUGCACAGCAAGCAUUUGUAUUUGGCCAAAACUUAAGAGAUAGAGUUAAGCUAGGAGAUGAAAGCGAUGAAACUGCCGAUGUGCAGAACACUGGCCUUCCUACAUCAGACGUACCUUCUGCAACAAAUUAUUUUCUACAGUACAUCAGUUCCAGUGUAGAGAACUCUACGAACAGUGCAGAUGCGUCUAGCAACAAGUUUGUAUUUGGACAGAACAUGAGUGAGCGAGUCCUAAGUCCACCAAAAUCGAAUGAAGGCAGUACAGAGAGUAAUAAGGAAAAUGCUGCUACAGAGUCUGGGUCUGAAUCAUCUUCUCAGGAAGCCACACCAGAGAAAGCUAAUAAUAUUUCAGAAUCGCUGGCAGAAUCUGCAGCAGCCUAUACUAAAGCAACAGCAAGGAAGUGUUUAUUAGCGAAGGUAGAAGUGAUUACUGGGGAGGAAGCUGAAAGUAACGUGUUGCAGAUACAGUGCAAGCUGUUUGUAUUUGAUAAAAACUCUCAGUCUUGGGUGGAAAGAGGUCGAGGACUUCUGAGACUCAAUGAUAUGGCCUCGACAGAUGAUGGAACAUUACAGUCUCGGCUGGUGAUGAGGACUCAGGGGAGUCUCAGGUUAAUCUUAAAUACCAAGCUCUGGGCUCAGAUGCAGAUUGAUAAAGCCAGUGAGAAGAGUAUCCGGAUCACCGCCAUGGAUACAGAGGACCAGGGAGUUAAAGUUUUUCUUAUAUCAGCAAGCUCUAAAGAUACAGGGCAGUUGUACGCUGCGUUACACCAUCGGAUCUUGGCCUUGAGGAGUAGAGUGGAACAAGAGCAAGAAGUCAAGAAUGUAGUCCCUGAGCCAGAGGUAACGCAAUCAAAUGAGGAGGACAGUGAUGACGAUGUCAUUGCGCCUUCAGGAUCAGUUGGAAGUGGUCCUAAUGAUGAAGGUGACGUGCAGAAUGUUGGCAGCACAUAGCAGAUGUGAGCCGAUCUGCUUGCAAGGCUGCUAUGAACACCAUCUUGCAGGCACCUCUGGAUACCCCAGGCCAGCUAUUAUUUCAGGCAGUGUUGAAGGCUCCAGGACUUAAGAACUGUGCAUCCCUGUUCUGUUUGUUUGGUUUUUUGGUCUGGAUCAGUAGAUUCCACACAAAAAAAGCAGACUUGGAAACUACCUGAAUGUGGUUUGGGACGUGAAAGCUCAUCAUAUUGAUGAGCCAAAAAAAAACAAAAACAA